GUGUGGAACUUGUAUUGGGUGGAAAGGGAAGGAACGUAUGUGCUGUCGUACGUUCGUAUCUAUUUUAUUUUGUUCGCGUGUGUCGACAAUCUUUUGCUGUAGCAGUUUCAUGAAUCCGAGGUUAAAUCGUAAUGGCUGCGACUUGACUCGGAAGGAAGUGAGUGGUUGUGGUGCAUUCAAAAAGCUGCGAAGUUUACUUGUUCUCGCGAGUUCAAGUGGGUGUGUGAAGUGUAAGCCAUGAGUGACGAUAGAAGCGAGGAGGAUCCUAUAAUGGAUCUUUGGUACUCAAACUGGGAACAGCAAUGUGUUGAGGCGAUCGAGGCCGAGCCCGACUAUGAAAAUCAGCUGCACAACCAAAAGGAAUUUUACGCGCAACAAAUUUGGUCCGGAUUUCAUUCUACGGCAACAGCCAUAGCCCAACUUUAUAAAGAUCGCUCCCAGGGUGCAUCCCUUUGGUUGCCCUUUCAGACUGCUGCGGGUACGGUUACCUCGUUGUACAAAGAAUCGGUGGAAGGCAUGAAGAAGUGUUGUGAAUUGGGCACUGAAUCGGGAAAGCAAAAACGUAGCAAAGAAAUAAUGAAUUGGGCUAGAAAAAAGAGGCGCAUGAUUCGCAGGGAAGACCUGUUAGCAUAUCUCGCUGGUAAACCACCUCCUUCAAGGCCACACUCGCACAGAAGUUCGCCAAAACCACGAAUGAUGGUUUGUGGUUCACCACCUCAAAGUCCAACGGCAAGCAUGGUUGUAACACCAACUCCAACACCAGGAAGUGAUGUAGAUCCAGAAUUACACACUUUUCGGGAAGCAAUUGCUCUUUCUGGUUCACCAAUGUCACGACGAAUGGGUCGACAAACAGAAUUAUCCGCUUUUAUAAGCAGUGAAUUUGCCCGUCAUCAUAAAAGACCAGCCUCUCACGAUGUGGACAUGGGAUCUCCAACGCACAAACGAUCGCGUUUCAUGUAACGGCGCGCGAACUGUAAAGUAGCAACACACGCCUUUUUUUCCUACUGAUUAGUUAUUAACUAUAUCCAAUAUCCAAUUUUGAAAAAUGAUUUUUUUCUACUGUUUAUAAUCAUCUUGCAAAAUUGGAUUAUAAAAAAAAAAAAAAACCUAAUAGUUAACCAAAAGAGAGCACGUUCGUCGGCCCUUUUUGAAGAAAAAAAAUAUUGGGUUCUUCCCUUUCUUUUCUUUCUUUUCUUUUUUAGACUAACCUCUGCGUCUAUCGCUAUUAAGCAGCGAUUGCACCAAAGAAAUCCGUGAGCAUGACAUACAUACCCCCAUUAAAAGAAAAAAAAAAAAAAUUACUCGACUGUCAAAAGUUCGCAGAAAUUAUCGCAAUUUUCAUUUGAGAAAAAUUUUCUGAUGAAGAAGAAGUCAAGUGCCGAUCUGUAAAAGAAGAUUUCUGUAUACGAAGUUUUGAGCAAGCGAGAUAAUGAGAAGUUUUUGGUGUUUCUGGGCGUGCAACCAACUUAUUAUCAUAUUAAGUACCUUAUAAUCUUUUUCCCUGUUGUCGUGUGCUCGGAUAAAUUUAAAAACGUGCCGAUUUUGAAAAAUUAGGUAUUUUGUAGCUAUUUUACUGUCAAAAAAAAACAAA